AUGUUAAAAAAGACGAUCUCAAUCAUUGGUUCAGGCCCAUCUGGGUUUUAUACUGCUUAUAGAUUAUUAAAAAAAUCUCCGAUUCCCAUUCAUAUAAAGUUAUGGGAAAAAUUACCAGUACCAUUUGGUUUGAGUAGAUAUGGUGUAGCACCGGAUCACCCAGAAGUUAAAAAUUGUGAAGAAACUUUUAAGCUUUGCUUCAAAGAACAUUUCAAUGACUAUGAUUAUAAUAAUUGCACAUCAUCACAAGAUCAACAACAACAACAACAGAAUAGUAUCGAAUUCAUUGGUGGCGUAACUGUUGGGGGUUCACAUAUUAAACUGAAACAAAUAAUAGAUAAUCAAGAUAUUGUUAUAUUUAGUUAUGGUUGUCAAAGUGACAGGAGAUUGAAUAUCCCUGGUGAACAGACUACCAAAGGCGUUUUCACUAGUAGAGAGUUUGUGAACUGGUACAAUGGACAUUUUGAUUAUUCACUGUCUGAAAAAUUCAAUAAUUUCCCAUGGUCCAAAGUGAAAAAUAUUGGUAUAAUCGGUAAUGGGAAUGUCGCAUUAGAUCUAACGAGAAUAUUAAUAAGUAACCAAAUUGAUGAAAUUUGGAAUAAUACAGAUAUAUCAAAGAUUGCAUUAAAAAAUUUGCAGAAUUGUAAUAUAAAAAAUAUUGAAUUAAUUGCAAGAAGAGAUUUUUUAAAUUCAAAAUUCACAAACAAAGAAUUAAGAGAAUUGUGGGAGUUGGAAAAAUAUGGAAUCAAAGGUACUAUCAAUAAAGAAUUUUUCAAUAAAAAUCAAUUCGAUAUAAAGAAUAUGGACCGUACAUUAAAAAGACGGGUAGAAAUGUGCGAUGAAUAUAUGAAACCAUUCAAUGAAAGAACUAAAAAAAACUAUAAGAAGUUUAAACCACUGGACAUAGUCACUAAAACCUGGGAAUUGGAUUAUUUGAAGACACCAUUAAGAAUAAAUAAAGAUUCAAAUGGUUACAUUAAAUCACUAACACUGUGCCAUAACAUAAUAACUCCAGAAAACAGAGUGGUUCCACAAUUAAAUGAAAAGAUCACGUAUAAUAUUGAUUUGUUGAUCACUUCACUAGGUUACAAAGGCGUACCAUUACCUGAGUUCAAAUCCUUGGAUAUUGGUUUCCAAAAAGACCAUAUAUCUAAUGUUAAAGGACAUGUACUUUCUUCUAGUGGAAAUAUAAUUCCUGGUUUGUAUGCAUCAGGGUGGAUAAGGAGAGGUAGUCAAGGUGUGAUUGCAUCCACAAUGCAAGAUUCCUUCGAGGUAGCGGAUACUGUUAUAAAGGACUUGGCCACUAACCUCAAUGGUCAGACAAACUAUCCAAAAAAGUUGAAUGUUGAAUCCAUCCCCCAUAUAACUUGGUCUCAGUGGGAAUCGCUAGACAAGGAGGAACAUAGACGUGGUCAACUAUCUUCAAAGCCAAGAGAGAAGUUUUUAUCUAUAAAAGAUGUCCAGGACCACUUGUCGUCUUUAUAA